CCCCAGCGGCCCCUGUUAGCUGAGGUUAGCAGCACAAGUGGUGGCCACCCUUUGAGGAGGCCUGGCGUCUGUCUCCUUCAAUUCUCAGGAUUUCAAGAUGGCUACACAGUCAGUGCCGAAAUUUGCGCUAAAACGCACCACCAAGGUGUCUCUAAAUGAGCGCUUUACUAAUAUUCUGAAGAACAAACAGCCGAUGCCAGUGAAUAUGUGGGCUUCGAUGCAGCAGCAGCAGCAGAUAGACAGUGCUAAAAACAGAAGACUGACCCUGCAGAUGGAGAACAGGCCGUCUGUCCAGGCAGUAUUAAAACUUAAGCAAAGCUCAAAGCAGCACCUGGGUAAGAGUAACAUCCAGGCACAUAUAGGCCGACUGGCCAGGGGAGCUAUUGGAGGAAGUGAACUACCCAUAAUCCAAAGAGGCUUGCCCCAUGGAGGACUACAUGGGGCACGUGCCACCAGGACCCCGCUUAGGGGCAGGAAGUUGCUCCAAGGUCAAAACCUGCUCCAAGGUGGAAGAGCCUUAGCUACAGGAAUGGACUUAAGAAGAGGUGCUGUUCGAGUUCAUGGAGGUCUUGGGAGAGUGGGCCUAUGUCGUGGAGCCAUGGGUCAUUGCAGAAUCUGUUGUAGAGUUCGGGCUAUGAUAUGUCCAGGAAAAGAGGGCUUUGGAGGCAGAGGCCAAGGUCGUGGCUGAAGGAGAGGUGCCUUCACUCACCCUGUACUGAACAAGGAACAGCUGGACAACCAGUUGGAUGCCUACAUGUCGAAAACUAAAGGACACCUGGAUGCUGAGUUGGAUGCCUACAUGGCACAGACAGAUCCUGAAACUAAUGAUUGAAGCUUGCCUGCCCACCUGUUAGACUUUUGUAAAAGUCAUCACAUCUAUUAAAAGAAAAAAUAAUCUUGAGAAAACAUGAGAAGAAACCUGAUUGAUGCUGGGAGGACUUAUAACAAUAGGCUGUGGAUUUACCUGCCACCAGUUGGCAC